CUCUAAUCAUUAUUAUACCCUUAUUACUACUUGUUACCAUUCUAUAAAGAAAUCCAUCCAUCCACCAUGCACACUCCAUCCAUCAUCCAAGGGUUUCUUCUCGCCAUCACCCUGGUGGCCUCCUCCGAAGCCAAGCUCGGAAUCAACUGCCGCGGUUCAGCGAACUGCAACACCUUUGGCAACACCCAGAUGGCCUUCCAGCUCAAACGUGCCAUCGACGGCAUUGACCCCAACCGCUGGUACAACAACGGAGAGCACAUCGCCUGUGUCGGAUCCGGUGCUCGCAUCACCGGCAAUGGUGGAUUCUGUGCGUUCCUACAGAACACUGGUGGUACGAAUGGUGCUGUGAUCAAGAGUUUGGCCCAUUAUAUCCCGGAACAUGGAUGCAAGGUUUGCGGAAGUGUGCCGUAUUUCUAUCCCCAGGGGAAUAACAAUGUGGAUGAUGGGGAGCUUACCUUUAAUUAUGUGGAUAAUGCGUGUACGAAGGAUGAAGCAAAGCUUUGCUGAUAUCCACGUUCAGUGUAUUGAUUAUAUUUUAGAAUGCAAGAAUCGAAAACAAUCCAACGGACGUUCGUGGAUUGACAGAGCCUGUCUUUUAA